GAGUUGAACGGCAUGGAAUGAGGAAGGCAGAGCUGGAUAGUGUCAUAGAAAAUAAAUGAUAAUGUCCAACAGCUUCAAUGACUAAUGCUUAAGUUAGACAGCCUGAAAAUACUUCCAGUUGGUUUGGCGACAAGGACACUGGCUGCAACAAGGACAUUUUCUGCGGGGGGCAGAAGCUGCAGUGUAGAACUCAGCACACAUAAGGAAGUAAGUAGAGACACUAAGCGCAGAUUACGCUCGAAGAAACUCGCCUGUGGACGAGGAAAGACACACGGUAUGACUGAGUAGGACGUGAGAAGAUUUGAGCCCAUUCACAGCUGAGGGUAGAGAUGGAGGAUGGAUACAGGAGAUAGAGGAGCGUCAACGCCCUCCCGCCCUCUCUAUUUGCCAGCCCCGCCCCCACGUGAUGUGACCGGGUCUCGCGAAGACUACAACUCCCAGGAAGUCCCGCAGCGUGGGCGGAGCCAAGCCCUGGCGCGCACCCCAGCGGCGAGCGGAAGAGCAGGCGCUUCGUGGUGGCGGCGGAAGCGGAGAGCGACAGGGUCCCGAUUGGAGUGGUGCCAUGCAGCAAGAAGCAGAGAGAUGUAGAGUUCGAACCAAAAGGCCUGACAUGGCACUUUAUGUACCUAAGGCUCGAAGGGGAACAGCUCUCCUCAAGUCAGGUGACCAGAAGGAAAGCCAUGGGCCUCCUGCCUUUGUGCCAGAAGAACAAAAAGAAGUUUGUGUGCCCCAGAAGAUCUCUGCAAGUAAACCCAAGUCCCAAAGACUAAGUGCGGGUCAUUCUGAUAAAAAGGAUAUUGACUGUAGGGAAGGAAACAGAUCUUCAUUAAAAUUAAGGAAAGACAGGUGCUUACAAAAAAGGAAUAAAGAAAAGGCUUGUUCUAAGAGAGGAACUGAAGAAUCCAUAGAAGCCUUGUCCCAAGAACAUCAACACAGAGCUCCCGACUCUAGGAUUGUAUCUAGUAUCCAUUUACGAAGACUUUCUAAACCAAAGGAGAUGGAGUGUUUGGAAGUUCACACUGCAAAAGCAACAGGACACUGGGGGUCAUCUCCAUCGCAGUCUUCUUCAGAAGUCAGUGCUGCUCAGGUUCCAAACAGACCAUUCCAGAAUGUGGAACUCUGUGACUUCAGUGGGGAAACUUUUGUAAAUAGAGAUUUGGAAAGCAGCGUUGUAAGUGAGGCCAACAUUAUGGAGCUAGUCUCCCAAUUUUCUCAAGUUGUUAGCACUGUGCUGAAGCCAGACGGUAUGGCUAUGCCAGUAACACUAAGUUCUGAUUCUGAAACUGCACCAGACAGUAUGGAAACAUCAGGUGGAGUGUCAAAGCACAAUCCUGGGAACAUCUUUGCAGUUUCUCUUCCUGGAGGUCCAGAUGAUGAUGUUGAUUCAACUUUUCUAGACUUUGAAGCUGAGAGUGAGGGUACAGUCAACAGUACAGAGUCUGUUUUGGGUCAAAAAGGUGUAGAUUCCAUUCCUGAGACUAUGGAUAACGUUUCUCUUAAAAUGGCUAUAGUCAGCAAAUUAGAGAGCACAAAUGGCAUUAUUGAUGCAGCAGUGACUAGAGAAUGUGAGAGUGACAGCUCUGCUGAUGAGUUAUGUGUAAAUUCUGAACCUUCUGAUACAGUGGUCCUUGUUCAUGAAAUAGACACAGAUAAUGGAUUUAGGAAUGUAUGUGACAGUACCAGCAAGGCAUGUAUGGUGGACAUUGCAGGUACAGUUUGUGACCCUGUAACUGUAGGCUGCCCUUGUACAGUUGCAGUUGGACAAUCUGGUGAUAGUGGCAACACGAGAAAUUCCUCAGAUUAUAUAGAAAUGAGUGCAGAUGUAGCCCUGCUUGAUACAGCGAAGAGUAAGAACGACUCUGAAAACCUUAGGAGCCUGAGUGCUAGCUUGGAUAUUUAUGCUGAGAGUAUUGCAUCUGGUUUUACAGAGUCAACAGGAAAGUUGAUAGAAAGUGUGUCAGAUUGUGUUUCCUCUUUACCCAUAAAGAAGACUGCUGAUAGUAAUUUUACCACUUGUCUGGACUCUGAACUGAGUAUGUCAAAUGCAUCAGGUGUACUUUUGGAGAGUGCCUUGGGUGGUGAUCUGGAUACUAUGGAGGAGAUGACAGAGGCCUUACAUGACCUAAGAACUGCUGAAGAAUUUAAAACAAAAGAGGAAGAUGACUCAGAGAGCAUAGUGUAUGAUGUAUCAUUUUCUGAUUCAUCUGUGGAAACAUCUGUAGAUCUAAAAACAACAGACACUUCUCACAUACAAGGAAGUAUUGCUGUGGAGGAAAGCUGGGAAUCUAUGUUUAAUGAUGAUGGUGAUUGUGUAGAUCCACGUCUUCUACAAGAGUUGUCCGGGAAUAUGAAGAACAGAAAAAGCAUCCAGGAGCCUAAAUUUGAUUAUUACAGCCAUGAACUUCCUGAUAUUGACCUCAAUGAAUGUGAAUUCCCACAUGUCAUUGAAAUUUAUGAUUUUCCUCAAGAAUUUCGUACAGAAGACCUUUUGCGGAUUUUCUGCAGUUACCAAAAGAAAGGAUUUGAUAUUAAAUGGGUAGAUGAUACACAUGCCUUAGGAGUUUUCUCCAGUCCAAUCACAGCUCGAGAUGCCCUGGGUAUUAAACAUACCAUGGUGAAGAUCCGGCCCUUGUCACAGGCCACAAGAGCAGCCAAGGCCAAAGCUAGAGCUUGUGCUGAGUUUCUCCAGCCAGCAAAGGAACGACCUGAGACUUCUGCAGCCUUAGCCAGAAGGCUAGUCAUCAGUGCCCUUGGGGUUCGAAGCAAACAGAGCAAAACUGAAAGGGAAGCGGAGCUCAGGAAACUGCAGGAAGCCCGAGAGAGAAAACGGUUGGAAGCCAAGCAACGGGAAGACAUCUGGGAAGGCAGAGACCAAUCUGUGGUUUGAACGUCACUUACUCAAAGAAAUGAAUCCAUGAAUUAGGAAGUGUUUGAUAUUCUUGAGACAAGAGGAUCUUUCCAGAGCUGUGCACGUGCAGAUGAGCGUGUUAAAGAGAAUGUGAACAAGACAGAAGACUAAGAGAACAAAGAGUCCGGUCCUCACUCUUGAAUUCAGACCUGUCCACUGUGGUAGAGAUGUUAAAAGGAACUGUCAUGUAGAAAGGAAAAUGGAAGACUUGGCUGCUAAGAGUCCUGAGUAGAGCAGGUCGUGUUAGUGUAGGUCAUACCUCCAGGAAAUCUGAAGCAAAUGUAAAGCAAAACAGAGGAUUCAAGCCUGCAGUGACAGGAGUCGGAGGUCCAUGGCAGGGUGUUCCUUAGUACUUCAGAGUUGAGAGCUGCAGGAUGAGGGGAGUGGAAGCAGCUCACAGACAUGAGUUCCUGGUGCACUCAGCUCGUACAGAGGCUACACUGCCUGCCUCAGAACUGCAAAGCCACUGAACCACGGCACAUCGUGGGUAUUUGGACUCCUGAGUUUGUACUAAGCUUGGUACCUGGUACUGCUCCAUCUGCACAGCAGCUAGGGGUCUGCUACCUUCCUUGUGAAAACCAGUCCUAGAGAAUUGAGUACCAGCUCCAUUUUAAUCAGUAAUAUGUUGUGAGAGGGAGAAAUUAAAGGCUAUUUUAUAACAUAA